CGUCAAAUUCACAGCCUCACUCAUUCUAUCGGACUCAUUGCGACUGCAUAGGGGAACAUACUCAAUCUAUUGGUCUCUGAAUCUUUCACUUGUUCUGCAGAUACACAUACGAUGCCAUUCCCUUUAUUCGCCGCACUAGCCGUGGAGCUUCAACAGAAUGUAAUGCAACAGUGUGAGAGACCAGAACUCCUCAAAAUUGCCCUUUGCUCCCGAGACAUGAACCGUCUCGCAAUUUCAAUAAUUUACCGGCACGUGGACCUCAGCUAUCAUAAUGACGAAGGAUUGUUCUCAGCCAUACCUUAUGAGAAGAUGGUUAGAGGGGACAAUCCUGACAGGCGUGUGGGUGUGCUGAAAGAGACAAUGUUCCACGCACAAGAACUUUUCAUUGACACAAUUAUACAACACCCAUCAUUCGGAGCAUAUGUGUCCUCCCUCGUUUGGACAUAUCUAUGGGUGAUCGAUGAACUUGACAUCAACCCACAACGGCUGUGGAAAGCUUUCCAAAGCCUAACAAAUGUCAAAACCAUUGAUAUUUGCUCCAUGGACCUGGAGGAGCAAUACGUCGUUCCUCCCCCAUUAUUCCCAUCCGCCACAAAAAUCCGAGUUGGUGAUAGAAUACCGUAUGCGCUCUUUAGAGCCAUUUUAGCCUUUCCAGCUCAAUUGACGUCACUCGAAAUCGACAAUGUCCAUGGCUUGGGUCAGGUCUCAGACGGCAUGAAACUCUAUUACUCCGAUACGUUGUAUGAAGCCCAAGAAACUGAGGACGACGACUUGGUUCCAGUGACGCGGCAUGAUGGGCCCAUGAAGGGCCACUUGAAUCUUCUGGUCGGGAAAUGCACUAAGCUACGAUACUUGUGCAUCAAGACUGUUGGCCAAGAUAACUAUCCUGACACACGAUGGUGUGAGAAGAGGGAGCAAGAGCGUUACGAAGAAGUUGCAAGAUUCAUUGAUUCUGUCAAGCUGACGCUGGAAAGUUUAAAUCUAGAAUACGGAACGGAACCUGAUCAGCCAUUUCGAAUGCCGUGUCGAGGCUUACUGCAUGCCGUCCCGCAUGUUGGUCGGCCAAUGGAUCGAAGGUUCUUUCAGUACAUCUUGCCCGCUUUGUGUCGUGGAAAGUGGCCAGCUCUGAAAGUGAUUGCUAUUCUUGGAAUCGGUGGGACGCCAACAAAAUAUGCACUGCGGAAUCGAUACACACCUGAAGAUCGUUCUGUUUUUGAUAACGCUGAGGAGAAGCUCAGAGUAGCAUUUGGGAACAAUAUCACACUUAUAUGGCAAAGGGAAAAUGCCUCCAGUUUCUACUUGUUGGAGCAUAGAGGGCUUGCAUACAUUACGACCACAUCUUUAUGAUACUGUCAACUUCCUAGAAAUUGAGUCAGCUACCUCAAAUGCUUUGAAUAUAAAUUGCCAUUCGCGUCAGGAGUGGAAGGCCAAACAUCGGUGUUACAGGAUGCAGCUGCUUGGUUCGGUCCAGAGUAUUUGAUUCCUUGGCAACCAUCUACAGAGUUCCAGAAAUUGUAGAUCUUGAUGUAAGAUUUAGUCUUGUAAGCUGGCCAUAAGAGUUUGGUUCAAAUCUGUAAAAGUCAAGGACUUACUGCCAUCCACGCAUAAUUGUCUGCGUUCCGAGAACUCUGCGACUUGGUGGCUGGUGCUUGAUUGACCAGCC